GACCACCAACACCACCAUUCUCUCAUUAUAUAACCACCCUCUUCUCUUUAUUCCAUUUCAAGCAUUUUCAGUAUCAGCUAGCUCCAGCUUUAUCUCUGCUCAAGCUCCUGGCUUUUUUCUCUAUUUUACUGAGGAAAUGGAGAUGAGAAGAAGCAAUGCGACGUCGUCGGUGAAAGAGUCGAAGAAGAAGGUGUCAUGCAGGCGGCUUGGAGGGUAUCUUAAACAACAGAAAGGAAGGGUAUACAUUAUCAGAAGAUGCGUAGUGAUGCUCCUUUGCUGGCAUGACUAAAGUUCAAGUGAAGAAGAAGAAGAAGAAGAUAUAUAAUAUAUUCAUAGAUUGUUUCUUUGAAUUUGCAGAAAUAGUUUGAAGCUCUAGCUAUUAUUUCUUUUCUUCUUCCCAAAUGUAAAUAGCAAAGAUAGGCACUAUUACAUGAAUUUUCCACCUAGAGCAUUUGUUAUGUACAUGGAAAUUACUAUUAGAAUCAAAAGCUUGGUUUAAGAUUUAA